GCUGGCAACGAGGCUAAGGUUUACAGGCCCGGGGAUCGGGAAAGGGGGCCCUCGCGGAAGGCGCCCCCGAAGCUGCUGCGCUUGUGCGCUCUGUCCGGGGCUGGGUGAUGUUGGGUUUAUGGAGAGCAGCGCGCUCCCUCUGCCCUGACAUGCGGAGAUGAGAGAGCCCAGCGAAAAGCAAGAACUUGGGAGGUAAAAGGAGGCUACGGAGACCUCGAGAUUCCUAUAGGGAAGGACCUGCGGUUCCGAGGUGCAAAGAGGAUGGUGUAAGGAUGUGGCCCCGAUGACCCGACCCUUCCCAAGCGCGAUCCUUUGCAGAGAGGGGGUCGCUCCCUUUAGGCCCCGAGCGGACCUGCGGGAUGUGCGUGUCCCUGGGGCAUGCGCGUGGCACCGUAAACCGAAGCAGGCUCAGUUUUCCUUCCCAGCUUCGGUUCCGCCACAAGAUUUCCCCCGGAGUCACGCCAUACAUUCAGAACACUCCAAUACCACCUUGGAAAAUCCUGGGAACUGUAGUUUGUCGAGGGUGCUGGGACAUGUAGUUCUGCGAGGCCAGCAGCCUUGACAAACUACAGUUCCCAUGAUUCUUUUUUUGGGGUGUGUGGGAGCCCAAAAAAGAGUGAUGCAUAGAGUAGUUUAAAGGUAUGGUGCACGAGUGACAAAGAGUCUGACUUGGAUACUUUUUUUCUAGGUGUGAUUUACAUUGUUUUAUCUUACCCUCUGCAUACAUCAUGCGCCAUUCUCACAACAACCCUGAAAGGCGAGCUCUGAUUCGUCUUUAUGCCAAGCUACAAUUCCCAGGAUUCUUUGUGGGAGAAGCCAUGACUUUUAACAGUGGUAUAAGGCUGCUUUAAAGUUAUGGCGUGGGUGCGAAAUGCCUGCCUGCUGGCUUGCCUUUCCCUCUCUCAUCCCUGUGUGUAUGGAAUCGGUACCCUACCCAGGCUUCCCAGUAGAUGCUGAAAACAGUGGACCCUUUCCUCUGGAGGAAGAUGAUUCCAGUGUCCCAAAGUUCGUAGUUGUCAAACCAUAUUUUCCCUGGAUGGAGCACGGGGAGGAGAUGCAGCUGCCAGAGCCGGGAGAGAGGCAGGAGCUGACAGUGGUCCAAGCAGGCUCUGACACACCAAGUGAGGAAGAGGAGGAAGUGGUGGAGGGUGCUGAGGAGCAAGGGGCCUCGACUUUCCUGGAGAGCUGGGACUGGGGCCAAGCAGCAUCAGGAGAGAAAGACGCAAAGGCCUCUGUCGCCGCAGACCCCCGGCCGUUCCACUGCUCGGAGUGUGGCAAGGGCUUUGCCCAGAGCUCAAACCUGGUUAAGCACCAGAGGAUCCACACCGGGGAGCGCCCUUUCCGGUGCCCCGAAUGCGGCCGCGGCUUCAGCUGGAGCUCCUCGCUGGCGGAGCACCUCAAGGCGCACGGCGGGCGCCGCCCCCAUGCCUGCGGCGAGUGCGGGAAGCGCUUCGCCCGGGGCUCUACGCUCGCGGAGCACCAGCGGGUACACACGGGGGAGAAGCCUUUCCGGUGCCACCAGUGUGGGGCCCGUUUCUCACAGAGCUCCACCCUGGCGCACCACUUGCGCACGCACUCGGGCGAGCGCCCCCACGCUUGCCCCGACUGCGGGAAGCGGUUCGGGCGCAAGUCCACCCUUGUCACGCACCGGCGGACCCACACCGGCGAAAAGCCCUACCUGUGCAGGGAGUGCGGCCGCUGCUUCGGCGUCAGCUCUGACCUGGCCAAGCACAUGCGCAACCAUCGCGCCAACGGCAGCGGCUGGGGGAAUGUCACUGCAGAAGUGCCCUGCUCUACUCCGCUGCCAGCCGCAGAUUGGGGCAGGCAGCAAAAUGAAGAAGCUUCGCUUGAGGGCUCAGAUGCAGGUGGGCAGCAAAAUGACCGUGCAGAGGAGGAGGGGGAGGAGGAGGAAGAAGAAGAAGAGAAAAGCUUUAUGUGUUCUGAAUGUGGGGAAGGCUUCAGGCAGAGUUCUGAGCUGACUCAGCACCAAAGAAUCCAUCUGAGUGAAGUUGCUCAUGGCUGCCAUCAGUGUGGAGAAACCAUCCCUGACCAGUCAGAACUAGGCACCCACGUGGCAAGUCACAGUGUGGAGGAGAAGCCACACAAAUGCCCUGACUGUCAUGCUUGCUUCUCUGAAAACUCUGCCCUCCAGAUACAUCAGAGACUACACCUUGGAGAGUUAUCCCACUUCUGCCACCAAGGAGGAGAGAACUUCCCCGAUAGCUCUGGCUUGGAGGAGCCCCAGAGCACCCGCAAUGGGAAGGAGAAUCCCUUUGAGUGUCCAGAGUGUGGGGCCCACUUUGCCGAGGCCACUGCUUUGGCCGCACACCAGAGAAUCCACCUGGAAGUGGAAUCGUUUCCCUGCCCCCCGUGUGGGAAAACCUUCCUUGAUCGUGAUGAGUUGGUCCUUCACCAAGCAAGUCAUGCUGGCAAAGGAGAUGAGGAGGCAGAAGAGAAGCCUUAUAAAUGUAGCAUCUGCAGCACUUGCUUCCUGGACAGUAGUGAUCUCCUGGAGCAUAAAGUGAGCCAUGGGGCGGAUGGAAGAUCCCACUACUGCCACCAGUGUGGCGAAACGUUUCCUAGUGACUCGGAGCUUGUGAUUCACCAGCUGAGCCACACAACUGAGGCUGCCUUAGACAAGCUGUACUCCUGCGCCGUGUGCGGCAAGUCCUUUGCGCUAUUUGCCACGCUGGCGGCGCACGAGCGCACCCACAUGUCAGACGACGAUGCCUACCGCUGCCCGACGUGCGGUGAACGUUUUCCAGACAGUGGCAAGCUGGGGAGGCACCAGCGUCGCCACUUGGGCGAGGAGAGGCCUUUCCGGUGCCCAGCGUGCGGCAAGGGCUUCGUGUUGCUUUCGGGGCUGCGGCAACACCAACGCGACCCUCCGGCCCGGUGUCCUCAGUGUGGCGAGACCUUCGUGUGGCGCUGCCGACUCACCGAGCACUGCCGCAGCUGCCACCCGGCGGAGCGCCCCUACAAAUGCCCCGAUUGCGGCAAGGGCUUUGCGCAGAGCUCGAAGCUCCUGCGGCACCAGGUGACGCACACCGGCGAGAAGCCGUUCAAGUGCCCCGACUGCGGCAAAAUCUUUAGCCAAAGCUCCAACUUGGCGGAGCACCGCCGCACGCACGCCCCGGGCAAGGCGCACUGCUGCGCGAUCUGUGGCAAGGCUUUCGCCCUGGGCUCCUACCUAGCCAAGCACCAGGCCACGCACACGGGCGCCCGCCCUUUCCGGUGCACCGAGUGCGGCAAGGGCUUCCGGCAGAGCUCCAACCUCAUCCAGCACCAGCGGACGCACACCGGCGAGAGGCCCUACGCCUGCACCUCCUGCGGCAAAUCUUUCACCCAGAACUCGCACCUGGUCAAGCACCGGCGAGUUCAUACAGCCGAGAGGCCGUACCGCUGCCCCGUCUGCGGCAAGAGCUUCCGGCAGCGCGGCAACCUAGCUGAGCACCAGCACCAGCACGCCGGCACCCGCCCGUAUGUCUGCGGCGCCUGCGGGAAGUCGUUCCGGUGGAGUUCCGCUUUCUCCAAACACCAGCGUACUCACCUUGCUCCCUGACCCUGUGAGGAAGGGGAGGGGGGAAGCAGGAAGCCCUCCCCCCAUUUUUGGCCUUCUCUGAGCACCAACGGGCCUUCCUUGCUUGCUCUCAGUUUCCUACAUCUAAACAGGAGAUCCCUUUCUAAGAAUACAGACCAGUGGACUUGGGCUGUGCCCUGAUCCUGACCUUUCAUCUCAAAUUUUGCCCCUUCAAUCUGUCCCUGAGUACAGUGGUACCUCAGGUUAAGAACAUAAUUUGUUCCGGAGGUCCGUUCUUAAUCUGAAACUGUUCUUAACCUGAGGUAAUAGGGCCUCCCGCUGCCGCCGCGCGAUUUCUGUUCUCAUCCUGAAGCAAAGUUCUUAACCCGAGGUGCUAUUUCUGGGUUAGCGGAGUCUGUAAUCUGAAGCGUCUGUAACCCGAGGUACCACUGUACAGUGGAACCUCGGUUUAUGAACACCUCGGUUUAUGAAUUUUCAGUUUAUGAACACCGCGGACCCAUCUGGAACGGAUUAAUUCACUUUCCAUUACUUUUAAUGGGAAAGUUCGCUUCAGUUUAUGAACGCUUCAGUUUAUGAACAGACUUCCGGAACCAAUUACACCCAUGUUUCAGUUUAUGAACGCUUCAGUUUAAGUACUUCACGGACCCGUCUGGAACGGAUUAAUCCACUUUCCAUUACUUUCAAUGGAAAAGUUCGCUUCAGUUUAUGAACGGUUACUCCGCGGACCGUCUGGAACGGAUUAAUCCACUUUCCAUUACUUUCAAUGGGAAAGUUCGCUUCAGUUUAUGAACGCUUCAGUUUAUGAACAGACUUCCGGAACCAAUUGUGUUCAUAAACCGAGGUACCACUGUAUAGCCUUCUGCAUCCUGACUCUGAGGCCUGGCCUUCACGCAAACAGGAAACGGAUUUUGAACCUCUAAUGGUGCUGACAGAACCACCCUUUGCAAACUGAUGGUCCCGCAACUUCAAUUUCCAUCUCCUUCUCUAAAAUCUAAAAUGGUCUUUGUGCUGUUUCUGGGAUUUCCCCAAGGGAGCAAACCUCGUAGAUUCUUGUCUCGUUCACUGAGCAUCACUAAUCUUUGCCGUCAUGCCCUGGUUAAUUUUCUAAUUUCAGACUUCUGAUUCUCAUCUUAAAGUUUCAGCGAUCUGAAUUCAGUCCCUGACUGAAUUACGUAACACCUGAAACUUUAUAUUUAGCCUGUGUGAGACUCCCAUUUCAAAGCCUGAAAUUCAUCCUUGAGCCAGUUUUGUUUACCGGAUGUUAAGGAGACCCCAACAGAGAAGGGACAGACAUGGAAGCUGGCCAUUGUCCUCUGAACUUGAACUCGGGGCUUUAGGCCUUACUUUGUUCCCAGCAGGAGCCUGUCAAAUGUACCAGGGUCUUCUGUUCUUGGACACCAUGAGCUUGGUGAGGGGGGCGGGGGCGGUGAUAGUCAAAACUAUCUUUUGAAAAAUUGGGAAAACAUUUGAGAAGGUUUGUUUAUUUUUCUGUUACAUUUAUUCUGCUGUCCCUCCAAGAAACUUUUGGGGGUUAGUUACCCACCCUUUUAUCCUCCCUAUUGUCAAUGUGAGAUGGUUUGGGCUGUUCCCCCCCCCCCCAAAGUUACUAAAAAGAGUUUUGAGGCCCAGGUCUCUGGGCGAAUGAGAGUAUUUCUGCCCUCAUCGAAGCAUUUUUGGAGGAGGACCGCCUGGCAUUUCUGUCCUCGCAUCAUUGUCCCCUCUAUUCUGAGGUCACAUACACACCAUACAUUUAAAGUACUCUGAUACCGCUUUAAACAGUCAUGGCUUCCCCCAAAGGAUUCUGGGAGCUGCAGUUUGUGAAGGGUGCCGAGGGCUGUUUGGAAACCCCUGUGCCCUUCGAAGAGCUACAGUUCUCAGAAUUCCCUGUGAAGAGGGGUCAGUCGUUAAAUGACACCUGGCGGCCAUUUUGUGUGAGCGGCUGGUCCAACUGAGGAAGCAAGAUCCGUGCCAGCAAUGGAGAACCUGUGGCCUUCCAGAUGUUGCUGGAGUCCAGCUCCCCACAGCCCCGGGGGACAUAGCUGUCAGGGAUGAUGGGAGUUGUAGUCCAUCAACAUACGGAGGGCCGCUAGUUCCUGGUCUAAACUAUUAAGGGCAAUGAGUGAAAGAAAGGAAGGAAAGUGUAAAUAUAGCUAGUUUGCAUGAUGUUUAAACAAACAAGAAAAACUAAACUCUUCCCACACAGGGGCAAAACGUCACCUCCUCUUAGUUUCUCCACUUUCUGUUCCUCUCAGGCUGAUUUGUGGAGGAAAUGAAUGGGGCUGAUGGCUGGCAUAUUUUCUUUAUUGCCUUUAAAAGAAACUGCUGUUUGGGGAGGGACUCGUCUGGGUCAGGAUAUUGGAGAUGGGGUGGGGAAAGAAAAUUCUUCCUGGGCAAGAGUUUUAAAAAUUUCUUUGGAGGAAAAAAAAGAUAUAUAUAAAGGACUGUAUUGUGCUGGGUAUCUGCUCCCAGUUUAGUCAAAAGGAGUUUUCCCCCACAAGUGGAACUCCCUUUUAAUGACCCCCACCCCAAGAAAAAAGCCCAAAUGGAACCCCUCUGAGAUUCAUUUAUUUUUUUUAUUAACAGGGUGGAAAGUUCAUUAGAAAUGAAGUUAGAUGGAAAUGCUAAUAUUUAUCUUAGGGAUAUGUAUCAUAAAAGAUAGGAGGGAGAGACCAUCGGUGGUGCCCCACUGCAAUUCACGUGUUUAUUCAGAAAUGAGCCCCGCAGUGUUCAAUGCGGGUGUGUCGGGUUCCACCCAACAUUGUGGGUGCCCAGUGUGCAUGUGCGACUAGGAGGUAGUGUCUUGUAUGGGUGCCGAGGGGCUAGGCUAUGGCAGAAGUGGGGAGCCCAUGGCCUUCCAGAUGUUGUGAGACUACAGUUCUCAUCAUUGUAGCCUUUUGCCAUGCUGGCUGGCGCUGAUGGGAGCUGGAGUACAGCAUCAUCUGGAAGGCAACAGGUUCUCCACCUCUGGUCUGUGCUAAGGCACAAAAUAGUAGCAUUUUGAGCUUCUGUGUUUCCAUCUACCAACACUAAAUGGCAGUGGCUGGUCUGUAUGGUCCUUUCCAGCCCGGCUUCCUUAGGUCCAUUUUUAAAGCUGGAGAUACCGGGGACCGUUUGUCUGCUGAAGUCUCUGCUCAACCCCUGAGCAAAGGGUCUUCUCCCAUUUUAUGCUUCAGUUAAUGGCUGGGUGCUACAGUACUUGGCUUGUAUGUGCAUGGUCUUCCGUGAUUACAAAAGGCGUAGUCAGAUCUGUGUGCCCUUCUGUGAUGAUUUAAAAAGAAACGAUAAUAAUUCUGCUCCAAAGUGACGAAAAUUCCGCAACGACACAAAGGUGGAUUCUGCAACCUGAAUAAAAUUAUGCAAACGUGCAUGGUUUAUCUUUGUUUUGCUUCAUUUGUUUUGCUGGUGACGCUUGGAACAGGGCAGGGCAAGGAGGAGCACCGAACCUUUUCCCCUGACUGCAAUAAAUUUUAUGCAUCAACUGUUUGCGUUGCUGGGAUUCACCACCCACACAGGAUUAAACGUAUCUUUAGAAACACAAGAAACCUGGUCGUUGGGUGGGUGGGUAGAAUGAAAAGGAAGGGAGCUGAAUGCCGUGGCCAAUAUAAUUCUGCAGCUUUUUUUUUUUUUUUACUGUUCUGUAAUUGCAACAUAUACACCGCCUGAAUAUAAGGGUAUGUUGUUUUUAGUGAAUACGGAUUGGGUUGUAAGCAGGUUUGAACCACAGACCUAAUAACAGCUUGCCAGGGAUGUAACAGUUAAGAUUCUGCUCCACACUGUCAGACAUCAUCGGACUUCAGCUGGUGGGCUAGGAGGUAAAGGUAAAGGGACCCCUGACCAUUAGGUCCAGUCGUGACCGACUCUGGGGUUGCGCGCUCAUCUCGCAUUAUUGGCCGAGGGAGCCGGCGUAUAACUUCCAGGUCAUGUGGCCAGCAUGACAAAGCCGCUUCUGGCAAACCAGAGCAGCGCACGGAAACGCCGUUUACCUUCCCGCUGUAGCGGUUCCUAUUUAUCUACUUGCAUUUUGACGUGCUUUCGAACUGCUAGGUUGGCAGGAGCUGGGACCAAGCAAUGGGAGCUCACCCCGUCACACGGAUUUGAACCGCCGACCUUCUGAUCAGCAAGCCCUAGGCUCAGUGGUUUAACCCACAGCGCCACCUGGGUCCAGUGGGCUAGGAGGAAGGAGAGGCUAUUUCCCCCUUUAGCUCCUCCCAAACUGGAGAAGUGCAGUCCAGCCACAGGAGAGAUGGGCAUCCUUCAAAUAUGGAGUACUGCAGCAGAGCCAGCUGUUGUCACGGUUGGGAUUGUUAUGUCUUCAACAGGUACAUGAAUGCAUAUUCAGUAAAGUGAGCAAGCAGUUGACUCAAAAAAAUUAAAUUGUUUUUUUUUUAAAAAAAAACGUUUUAAAUGCAACAAAUAGUGUGGACAUGGCGCUGUCCAAUAAUUAAUGCUAUUCUGGGAAGACGCAAGCAGUAAAGGAAGGACAGCUCUGUUGCUGCUAUAACUCACUUUGCCCACCAGAGAGCAGCAGUAGCCUGCUGUUCCUGUUCUCAAUGUCAGAACUGAUUCUCCUUCUAAUCACUGUUUCUCCAGCAGGGCAUCUGCACCUGUUGGAUUUACCGUAUGGCUGCUAUAAAGGUGUUUAAGGCAGAGUACCUCUAUCUCUGGGGAAAUGAUGGACAAGGAUAGUGUUUUUUUUGGGGGGGGCACUUCAGACUGGAGUACGUGGGGAGUGUGUUCUGAAGGUGGGCCCAUGGAUCCAAUCUUGUGUGACAGGCAGAUGUUAGCAUGUGAAAUUGUUAUGUAUGUACAUACGAUGAUAAGCAAUUCAGGUGAUUGGGUUACUACAAUGCACUCUGUGUGGGGCUUCCCUUGCACUUGAUCCUGAUUUUAAGCAGAGUCUGGAUGGCCAUCUGUCACGGAUCCUUUAGUUGAGAUUCCAGGGGGUUGGACUAGAUGACCCUCAGGGGUCCCUUCCAAUUCUAUGAUUCUAAGCUGCACAGUGGAGAAUGCUGUAGCACAGGCAUAGGCAAACUCAGCCCUCCAGAUGUUUUUCAAAUAUCAUGUCUUGAGUUUGUGGAGAUCAGCGUGUAUUUGAAUAUUUCUAUGCGUUUCUGUGUGCUGAUCUCCACAAACUCAAACACGAUAUUUGAAAAAACAUAGAAUUCUAUUUCACAAAUCAACACGACCUCAUAAAUUAGCUGACGAAGACGUCCACAUCGAAACAGGGCCCUGUCCUGGGUUCUUUUACUGAAUCAACUCGGCAUUCCGGCUCUACGUAAAAUGACCCUUUUGGAAUCGGACUGAUAUUUACGGAUAUUAUUAGUUGAUAUCUUUUGUGUCUUUACACUGUAAUGUCCUAUUAUUUACACACACUACCGUGAAUUCUAAGUUGUAACAUUUAUUUCAAGAUACAUAUACUCUAGUGAACUUGAAGCUAAUUUCUUGUUUGUAUUCAUUUGUUCUGUUCAAGACUGCUAGUCUUACCAGAAUACAUACCUUAUUUGACUGUAACUCGCGAGCAGGAUUUAUUCCUAACAUUGAAAUUUCUGGUCAGAGUUCUUGGUGUCCUU